GCCGGGGACAUGAGCGACGCCGAUGGCAGGCCAGCACUCGCGCUCGUCGACUCUCUCACGGGUUGCGCCGUGAGCGGAAGCGGCGGGGCUACCAGCGACACCGAUGCCCAGGAGGCGUUGGACGAACUGCCCGCGCGGGCGAGGAGCAAAUUUCUGAAAACAAGGUACUGCGAAUUCUUCUUCACACGAGGGCGCUGCAGGAAGCGCCACAGGUGCACGUUCGCCCACAGCGAGGCGGAGCUGCGCCCGCUCCCGGACCUGCGCUUCACGAAGAUGUGCCCUUCUGUGGCUGCGGGGGGAAAGUGCGCCCAGGAGGACUGCAUGUACGCCCACAGCCCGCACGAGCUGCGCACGCUCGAGGCGGAGUGCCGCGGCGGCGGCCCGCUGGAGCCGCAACAGGAGCCGCACAGGCUCGAGCUGGCCGAGACGAAGGGCACGGGUAGCGGUACAGUGGAGGGCGACGAGGACCUCGGCAUCGCCAGCUCGGCCGGCGCCUUCCAGCGCCAGAGGACGGACGACCCGGCGGCGUUGUGCGUGUACGUCAUGCGCGUGAAGAACACCUGCAUCGACGAGGACGACCUGGAGGGCAAGCCGCUCCGCUCGAAGUCCUGGCUGCCGUCCACUCGCGCGCAGGGCGCCACCGAGGCGCUGCACGCCGCCAGGGCCGGCGGCACGCGGGGCGCGGGGCUCGCGGCCCUCCCGCAGGCCCUGCCGCGGGCCCCGCCGCGCGCCCCCGGCGGCCAGGCCUCCGAGCCGGGCCGCCGCCCGGUGGGCGAGGCGGGCAGCCUCGGCUUCGGCACGGCGGCCAGCGGGCCGCCGACCGCUCGGGGAUCAGUCGCGGGUCCAGGUGCUACGAAGAGGGUUGGCGGCACGAUGGUCCUGCGAACCCCGCGCACCCCGCCGGCUAUGCGAGCGCCGCCGACUCAGGCGCCGCUGGCUUCGCGCCCCUCGGCCGGGGCGCCUACCGCACGGGGCAGGCCUUCCCGUUUGGGGCUGGCUGGGGCCCGCCCGGCCUGA